AUGGCCGAUCAAGAACUAAGAGACAAAAACAACAAGCUUCUCGCGAAAAUAAAGACCCUUUCCAACGGAAAGCUCGAGAUCCGAGAUCCUAAUAACAAACUCAAAGGAACGUACGAUCCGAAGUCGAAUGAGACUCGGGAUCCAAACAAUAAGCUUGUCGCCAAAGGCAACAUGCUACCACGCUCCUUUGAAUUUCUACAACCGAAAGUCCAAAAUGGCAGUCAAUUCAUUUCGUCCAAGAAGUACGAGGAUCACGAAAUCGUCGAUAGUGGUGGAAAGGUCGUUGGUCACAUCCGAGUCAAACCGAGUGGCGUUCUUUGGUCACCGAAAAACGCAAAGACUGGUUCUGCAGUCGCGUACCCCGUUACGGUCAAACUUUUAGCUGAUGCUGAAUGGCUCCCAGAAGGCUCUGGUGUAUUGUUAUCAACCGAUAAGGGAUAUGUGCAUAUUUAUAAUGAAAUAUGGAUAAGCUAG